AUGAGUCCCCCGGCAUCUCUGGAUGUUGACCUCGUGGGCGUCACGGAUACCUCUGCCGUCCCUGUCCCCGAUCCCUUGACCGUCAAUGGCAUUCCUGCGUGGAGAGCGAAGACGGCUAAGAUGCCCACCGGCGUGGCCGCGGCAUGCAGCAGUGAUAUGUUUAAAAGCCCGAUCUGCUAUACCAAGCCCAAGGCUAAGCGUUUCGAUCACCGUUUCUCACUCGAAGCCAAGUCCCGCAAGGCUUCAACUUUGAAGACUGCCGCUCAGUACCUGAAGAACCCUGGCCUUAUCUCUCUCGGCGGUGGAUUGCCCUCGGCUGAAUACUUCCCCUUUGAGCACUUUGAUAUUAAGGUCCCCACACCCCCCGGGUUCUCCCCGGAGGCUACUCGCAAGUCUGGCACCGUGUUGCACGCUGGAAAGCAUGAUAUCCAAGACGGAAGCAGCACAUACGAUCUCGAAAUUGCGCUUAACUACGGCCAAGCCACCGGUGCUGCGCAAUUGCUCCGCUUUGUCACCGAGCACACCGAACUUAUUCACAAGCCUCUCUACUCCGACUGGCAGUGCACCCUCACAGCCGGUAGCACCUAUGCCUGGGAUACCGCUCUUCGCCUGCUCUGCGAGCGCGGCGACUACAUCAUCAUGGAAGAGUACACUUUCGCCAGCGCAGCCGAGACAGCAUUCCCCUUGGGCCUGAAGGCCGUAGGCGUUGCAAUGGAUGAGCAAGGUCUCAUUCCCGAGUCCAUGGACAACAUCCUCAGCAAUUGGGACGAGAAGGCCCGUGGUGCCCGCAAGCCAUUCGUACUGUACACAAUCCCAACAGGCCAGAACCCCACUGGUGCCACCCAGUCUGCCGAGCGUCGCCGAGCCGUCUAUAAGAUCGCCCAGAAGCACGACGUCAUUAUCGUCGAGGACGAGCCUUACUACUUCCUGCAGAUGCAGCCUUACGUCGGUGAGGAUGCCAAGCCCGUGCCUCCUCCUGCCACCCACGAGGACUUCAUCAACUCUCUCACUCCCUCUUACCUCAGCAUGGACGUUGACGGCCGUGUCAUCCGUCUCGAGUCUUUCUCCAAGGUCGUCUCGCCCGGCUCGCGAGUUGGCUGGAUCGUCGCCUCGGAGCAAAUCAUCGAGCGUUUCAUCCGUAACUUCGAGACUUCUUCGCAGAACCCUAGUGGUAUUUCUCAGAUUGCUCUCUUCAAGCUUCUGGACGAGCACUGGGGUCACUCCGGAUACCUGGAUUGGUUGAUCAAUCUGCGUAUGUCGUACACUGCUCGUCGUGAUUCGCUCGUUCACGCCUGCGAGAAGCACUUGCCCCGUGAAAUUGCCCACUGGGCUGCACCCGCGGCAGGCAUGUUCCACUGGAUCGAAGUCGACUGGCACAAGCACCCCGGCGUUAAAGCCGGCAAGACCCACGCCCAGAUCGAAGAGGAGAUCUUCCUAUCCGCUGUCGAAGCAGGCGUCCUCCUUUCCCGCGGUAGCUGGUUCAAGCCUGACCACGACACCGUCGAGGAGAAGAUGUUCUUCCGUGCGACAUUUGCUGCCGCCUCUUCGGAGAAGAUUGACGAGGCCAUUUCUCGCUUCGCUGGAUCUCUUCGUACUCAGUUCGCUCUGUAA